ACCCUGGCAAAUCAGAAUAUAACAAGGUAACCUCAUUUAGCAUAACUAUGGUAGUUUCAGCGACAAAGUACCGUGGAACCCAUGCUAAGAACGUAUAGUGUAAUGAUACUGAAUAUGAAUUAGCCCAAAAAAUAUUUUUGUGCGCUGGUGAUAUUUCCGUUUUUGGUUCGGUACUGUGGUAUUUUCGAUUUUUUUUUUAAGCGUUAAUGAGAGCACCCCAUACCAACGCCCUUCCUUUCUAUCUUGGUCUUACCCUUUGCGAGCCAAAUAUCACCGAUUAUUGGUGAGAUGUAGAGUCGUUUGAUAGCAAAAAAAAUUUUCCGAGAAUAAUUCCGCUUCAAGCGCAGAGCCCCGCUAUCCGUACUCAGUUUGGUAACCUCUACCGCUGGGAUGCUCGCAUAUUGCAGGCGCCUGGGUAUUACCAGACUAGAGAAAUAACAGAGCUAAAAGCAUUACCAAGUCGGAGAGCACACAUGACAUAAUGUGUUAUCACAGCGACAUCACAAAUGCAUCGUCAACCUCAGCCAUGGGCAUCAGACGGGAAAACGUAUUUUGGGCGUAUAGGCCUAUCCGUCCUCGGCCUUCACUAGUCAGGGAAGUGAAACCACUGUUAGUUGAUGGCAAUUCACGUCCUAACCCUACUGCUCGAAGUAACACCAACAGUCUUGGUAGAGAACCAGGGCACCAGCAAUUGACUCUUUACUUUAAAGAGCUCUCAGCAUCGAGAUACGCCGCUCCGCCAUUCCUGGAAACUGUAAAAGUGACCAGAGAACGUCUUCUCUAUCUUUUCGGUCCGAAAACAUUCGCAUUAACGGAGGAACUUCCAUGGCUUAAAGACUGGGGCCAGGAGAUCACUUACGUAGGCAAGAACAUAAAUAAUCUCAAGCAUUACAAAUGUGUGGCAAGAUAUUCGGAGAGGUGUGUUUCGCAUUGGUAAAGCAGAUAGCUGAAGACAUCAGUAAUGGCACCCUGCGUGGGGUCAUCACUCGCUCUUCACAGCUCACGCAGUCUGCAUUCGUUGGUUUAUACAACAAAAACGAGGAGCAGAAAUACAAAUCACUAAAAAAGCUGGCAAAUGGAGAGAUUAAGAUGAAUGAUUUAUUACGAAAGAACAUGCCCUUAGAAUCAAACCCACCAGAGCCCCAUCCAGACCUACAAAAGAUCAUGGAUGAAAAAGAAGGCCUUCAGAAGCAAGUAGAAAGGCUAAAAGCUAAUGUUGCUCAGAUGAGUGACUGGUUGCUUGAGAUGAGGGAAGAAAACUCUAGACUUCAAAAUCAAACCGAGACUGAUGCUUUGAUAAUUGCAUCAUUACGAGAGAAAGAAGAGAUGAGAAUAGAAUGAAAAAAUACAGGGACACAAACAGGCAUUGAUGUGUCAGUUGGCAAGCACCAUCAUGAUACCUGCGCUAUCAGAAGCGACAAUGAUGCUUGGGUAAGUAGCUACUAUAGCUAGAUUUUUUUUUUAUUUUUUAAUUAUCUUUAAGGUAUUGUUUCUAAUAUUGGGGUGGGCACAUGACCCUACUGGUCAUUUUCUUAUAAUUUUUCCUUAUAAUUUAAGGCGUUAAGGCACUGAAAAAAGGCAGUUAGGGCUAUUAGGACAGUUUUUUUUCAUUUCUAAGGGGGCUCUACACCUAAGAGAGUAAAUAAUUCUGUAAUCUCUCUGAAUGUAAAAAGAAAUAUUGUUUGCGGUGUUGUUGUUUUCUAACAUUACUAUUUCUUGAUAGGUUAUUGCAUCAUUACGAGAGAAGCUUGAGUCAUCAAAAAGCAAGCGAAACAAGCGCAAACGGACUGUUACUCAAGAUCCAUGUACACAACACUGUCAUGAUAUUAUUACCAUCAAAACUGAGAAUGACCCUUUGGUGUUUGAUGUAUUUAUUUUAUCAUUUACUUCAUUAAUAAAGCUUGAUGUGACAAGACAAAUUGCUGAUACUCCACCUUUUAAAAAAUCAAUUUCAACGAAUACUAAUAUUUUAUACAUCAAAAACUAUUGUUGAAAUGAAGCUUUUCAAUUUUAUUGUUUAUAAUUAACUUUUAUGAUAUGUCUAUUUUAAUUAUGUGUUAUAACAAAUAUAUGGAAGUAUGAUAAAUUUGCAUAGUGAUCAAAGAAAUGUAGAUCUUAUUCUACUAAUAUGACUAGGUUCAGCUGAGAAAAUUGCACACUAGUAGGAACCAAAUAUUCAAAACAUGGAAAUUUUAUACUUAUAUUUAUUUAUAAAGGAAAGUGCUUUAGAUGUGCAUUAUUCCUACAUUGAUAGGACAACCAUAUUUUAAACCAUAUUUUAAUACUCAUAUUCCAAAUUAAAUGAAAAUAGGACUAGGAUUGAGUUAAACUUGAUAUAUUCAGAUUCACUUUUGCUUGUGUUUGUUUCUCAUUUGUGUUAUUUAUUUAUUUACAUAUUUGCCUUAAUAAGGUCUAACAUGUAUAAGCAAUCAAUUAAGUGACAUAGAUCCUUGGAGCGUUUCUGUUUUGUCAUUUUCACCACCCAUUAUCCUCGAUAAGAAAUGGGAUGCACCUUCAAAACCACUUUUUGAAUUACUAAAUAUUGUCCCCUUCGACAAAAGAAUAAUCUACCUACAACUUGUUUUGCUCUUAAAGGCAAUGAACAAUAUGACCCCAUGCUAUAUCAGAGAUAUGUUCGUUAAGUGUAGUGAUGUACAUAACAAGAACACUAAAAAUGCAGCAAACCAUAACUUAGUACUUCCAAAGGGUCGGACUACAUUAGCAAAAAACAGCUUUAAGUUUGUAGCAGCUAAAAGGUGGAAUGCAUUGCCACUAGAAAUCAAAGAACCCAAGUCAAUCACCGCCUUCUCCGCAAAACUAAGAGAAUACGUCACAACUCUGUAAAUAAGUUUAUAAAUCAGCAAAGGAUUGUUAUUGUAAAUAGUUUCGCCAAAGAUUUUGCUGUAAACAGAUUUGUAAUAGCUUUUAUUUAUUUUGUUUCUGUUGAGGGCCAUGCGUACAUUAUCAUUGUGAUAUUAAGUGAAUCCCUCAUUAAAAAAGGCAUCUCUCUCUC